AUGUUCCGAGUUCUGAUGCUGGCGGUAGCCUUAGGGCUGUCUGCUGGUACCCAACGCCGAAAAGCAGCUUAUGUCCCAAACAAAGAAUACUGGUAUGACUAUGAAACACAGGUGGUAACAGGUAUUCCAAAAGGCAGUAAGAUUUAUUCCGGACUCAAGUUAAAGGCCACUGCAAAGUUACAUUUUGAAACAGCUGCAAAGGUUUUGGUCAAGUUUGAAGAUGUUGAGAUGUACAAGAUCAACGAUAUGAUUGAUGGUCUUGAUCCAACAAGGCAGCAAAUUCCGGAAGAACUUUUCCAACAACUCUCAGGACCGGAAACAACAGAUAUGGCGCAUAAGCUUGCGAUGCCUUUGAAAUUCAGCUAUAUUCGAGGCCACAUCAGCGACCUGCAGAGUGACCAAAAUGAUCCAUAUUGGUCUAUGGAUAUCAAACGUGGGUUUCUCAGUUUAUUGGAAGUGAACAUGGACGAGCGCCAAACACUUGAUAAGCCAUCCCCAUUAAACAGCGAUAAUCAGAUGACACCUGACCAGAGCGAGUUCUACACUGUUCUUGAGCCAAGUGUUGCUGGUGAGUGUGAAACUUUGUACAGACGGAUGCCUGUCGUGACAUCAUACAUGGGCCCCUAUAUACGACUAAACAAGAUUAGAAACUACAACAAAUGUGUGAAUCGUCCAGUGUUCACAAACACCAUGUUCAACGAAUUUGUAUGCGCUGAGUGCGAGAAGGAUAGGACGGAACCGUUGAGAUCGACAUCCGAGGUGUAUUACUAUCUGAGAGGUGUGGAUAGGAGCUUCAUCAUUGAAAGUGCCAUUGCAGAGAGUCAACAUAUCUACACACAAUAUUCUGAAGAGGGAGGCAGUGUCGCCACUUUCAUCAACCAAACGUUGAUGCUGACCAAGACAAACGAUAUCUCCGAGCCAAUUCCAUCCCUUCAGAACCCAAAGAGCCACCCAUACAAUCUACGGUCUCAGGUAGUUGAUAUGAAGGACCCGAAAGAACAACAGUGGAAAUUAAGACAAUAUGAUUCUGAGACUCAAGAUAACGCUGAUAGAUGCGAACCAACGUCGUGCACACCUGCGGGAUCAGAAUGUAGACCGCCUGCCGAGCAGGAACGAAUAGAAGCGAAGAUCCAAAAGUUGUUGAAUUCACUAUCCGCAUUAACGGAGCAUGAAGUUAGAGAAGAAGCUACAACACUCCUUGCCAAAAUAUUGGUAGAAUUCCGUCAAGCUGAUUAUAAUGUUUUAAUGAAGUUUUGGACUCGCUAUGGAAAUCCAUCAAGUACAGACCCGUCAAUGAUCCGCAUCAGAAAAAUUCUGAUUGAUAUAAUGCCGACAGCCGGUACUCCAGCUGCUGCAUACGUCAUGGCAACUGCAAUCGAAGCCACACAAAUGACAGAAUAUGAGACAGCCAUGGUUCUUGGUAAUCUAGCCAUAUAUUCUUUGCCGGAUAUUUGUGUUGCGAAGUGGAUUCAGAAAAUCGUAAAACUCCCAUGGAUUGAUCAACACCAAGAUACUAAGAUAGCUGCGUGGCUGUGUAUGGGCGCUGUGGUGAACAAAAUCAACACACAGCAUGAGAAGAAGAUGAUGGAGAUCAAGAAAGAAAAGGCAUUGCUUAAGAAAGUAGAACGGUCUGAAAAUCCAGGACCAAUCAAGAGAGAGUUGAAACAGAAAUUGGCGCAAUACGAAUCGAAGUUGGAAAUGAAAGCGAAUUUAAUGAGUGGUUUAAAAGAAGAGUUCCUACAGAUGACUCAAACACUCCUUCGAUCUAAUGUGGAAGAAGACAAUAUUAUGGCUCUGAAAGCUAUUGGAAACGCCGGUAUUACUGAAUUCCUUCCAGACCUCAAAAACAUCAUCUAUGACAAAUCGAAGCCAUAUAUUCUUAGGUCACAAGCAAUGUUUGCUUUAAGAAAAAUGACUUCCAUCGAACCAGAAGUUAUAAGAAAAAUGCUGCUUCCGCGAUACUUCGACAAAACUGAACCAGAACCUAUCAGAAUAGUGGCAUUUUAUGUGUUUUUCACCGCUCACCCGCCGAGGCCAAUGCUGGAAAUGGCUGUACAGUAUCUUAACCACGAAACAAACCCAAACAUUGGAACAUUCGUAUACAGUCUCCUUGAACAAUACUCUAAUAGCUCUGACCCCUGCAUGAUGUCAAUGGUGAAGAAUUCAACGUGGGCCAUGCGUUUUGCCAAUAAAUAUGAUCCUAAGUAUCAUUAUUCAAGAUAUAUGCACGCUUCUGUGAAUGACGACAAAUUGAAAACCAGUGUAAUGAUGGACUUAGGCUUCCUUUCCUCAUCAAAGGAGUUCAUACCCACUUCUGCUGCUGCAAAUUUCCGUGCAAACAUUCUGGGUCGCCAUAUUGAUGUCAUGGAGGCCGGAUACAACUCUGAAGGUAUUCAGAAGUUACUUAGUAAAAUGAUGGGGCCAUACAGUGUUUGGAUGAAGGGUCAAUCUCCAUUUGAUAUGCUUGAACCGCUGCCACAGUCAGGAUCUAAUGAUGACUGGUCAAGCUUAGAUGACAACAGAGAAGACCAGAAUAACAUACGUGAUAUUCACCAGCAGUUGAAUGUUUCUCCCCGCCAGUCACCAGAUACAGAAGGGCAUAUUUACUUCAAAUUCUUUGGAAAUGAAGUUAGUUACAUUCCAUUUACUUACAAGUUCAUCGAAAGGUUGCUACGACAAGGCAAAAUCCAGUUGCCGGUACAUGAAGAGGAACUUAGAGUGGGGACCAAUCUAAAUCUUUACAAGUCAUAUGUCUUGUAUGAUGCUACACAUAUGUUUGCAUCUGAAGCUGGUUUCCCAAUAUGGAUGAAUAUGCAUGGUUCUACCUUCAUGAAAGCCGAAGGGACAUUUUCAGUCAUGGCUACUCCUUCUUUAUUCAAGAAUAGCAAUGGCAAUUUCCAAAGAAAAGUUGAGGCAUCUUUCCACAUUCACCCAAGUGCUGCCAUGGAAAUGGAAGGAACGAUGAUGGUAGACGCGUUUUACUUCAAGAGUGGGGCUGCAGUACGAGGUGCAAUGCAGGCAGGAUCACCACUGCACUUUCACUACGGAUAUGACGCCAAGGAAAACAAAUUUUACACAAACUUUGACGUUUCAAACUUGAAAGAAAAGUUUAUGAAGCUAGAGCUGAAGCCGUUUACUUUUGUACGGAAAGAACCGUUUGAUAUACAUCAUUGGCCGACCUUACCCGAAACCAAAGACAUUGAUGUUGCAGAGAAUGCGGUUUUAGAAACGGUAUCAGAAGAAUACGGGAAUCAUGAGUGGGGACUUAAGUUUGCUAUGAAUGGGCAAAGGGUAACAAGAAAUUUUCUUCCUACCAUUCCUUACUGUCCAUUUUCUGGGAAACAAAUGCUGUACUUCACAGUCGCGCCAGGAUUGAGCCCACCUAAUAAAUACCAGUUGGAGUUCAUGGUCCAUAAAAAUCAUGUUACAGACUGGUCCUCUUCCGAACAAUCUAGCGAACAAGAUGAGGGAUAUCUCAGUUUUUUUAAUGUCUUGAAUGUUUUUGGAUCCGAUGAUAGCUCUGCACCUCAAAGAGAAGGUAAUUCACCUAAUAAUCGCCUGCAACACAUAAUAGAAAAAAUGAGAAGCAAAGUACCAAUAUUGCAGGGAGGAGAGAAAUACGCAUAUUCGCUAAAGUUGACUGGGAUAGGAAGUAGUCCGAUACGACAAUAUAAUCUGGAAGCGCUUUUCCAGAAAAGUAGCGAUGAACAUGAAUCACAUCAUAUCAGCUUUUUAUUCAAGAGAUCGCCGUAUCCACAAUGGGAAACUGCACCAUUCCAAUGGGAUAUGGAUGUUAAGGUGACAUUCCCAAGAGUUCACAUUGACCCAUCGAAACUGAUUGAUCCCACAUAUUUGGAAGAACUUGAGAAACAGAUUAUGUUGUAUGUUAAGGAGGACGGCAAACAUCAUAUGACCCACAGAAUUAAUGACGUGCUUCCUGUGUAUCAAGACAUGGUCAUGACGAAAAUGCAAAGCCUGACCUAUUCGAAAACCUUAGUUGAUAGUCUGGUACAGGACAUUAUUAAGAAAACGGAGGAGUCAGCCGAUCCAGUUUUGAAGAAAUUGAUAAAGUUAGUUGAAGAACAGAAAAAAAUACUUCAUUUGUUUAAACAGUUGAAACACGAGAUGUACGAUAAAAAGUAUCUCAAAGAGAAGGAAAACAAAUAUUUGUCAUUGAUUCAUGGAGCGAAGUUUGCUGCUGAUAUCCUAAAUCAAGAAUUAGACAAGGUUCAAGGAAAUAACAAUGAUAUAAGAAAGCCCGUGCUUGUUAAAUAUUCGGUAUAUAAACAGCAACAGAUAUUGAGGAAAUUGUUGAAAAUGUUCACUUUCUUGAAAGACAUGCUUCCAGUACCAACACAGGCUGAUGUGAAAGAUAAACUGAAAGCUGCUGAAAUUCUAAUGCACCAAAUGGUACAAAAAGAGGCCCAGGUGAUGCUUCCAGAUUCACGUUAUCCAGAGUUGAAGGAGCAACAAGAUCGUCUCUUGCUUGAUUUGCUGUCGCCAACUACAUCUCCAAGACUUCAAGAUGUGAGCAUGUCUGAUGUUAUAGGGGUAAUAAAGAAAGUAGGCACAGUAGAAAGAAAGAUAAAAGUCGCCGUCAUUGGAGGAACAGUUAUUCCGAAAGCAGCAGCAUAUCAUAUUCUCGAAGCUGUUAUUCUUCAAAAACAGGUUAUAGAAAGCAUGAACAUAAAGAUGGAACUUGUUAAACAGCAUUUUAAGGACGGCCACAUUCCAGCACCACAGCCUGAUUUAAAACAGAAUUUCAUCUCUCAAAAAGAAGUAAUGAAAUCACAAGUCUGCUGCUUUUCAAAGAUGUUGGCUCAUCUCAUCUCAAAAGAUGAAGAGAGUAAUAUGCUUUUGCAAGUUAUUCCAAGCACUGAGCAUCCGCAACUCCAGAAACUUAUUCAGGUGACACUCGUUCAACCAAUGGUCUCUGUUAAACUUGAAAAGGUUAGGAUGUCGACCUUUCGUUCAGGACAAAGGAAUGACGACGAGAAAUUUCAUCUUCUCCACGAAAGCAUGCAACACCUUAAAGAAAUAAAAACGAAAUUAGAAGAACUUAUGGAUAUGCCAAACACCUUAUCACCGCAGUUGUUACAAAUGUCUGCAAAGAUAAUGCAAAACCAGAUGAAAUUACUCGAACAACUUAGAGAAAAUAUUCGCAGACUAUCAGUUUAUCGAUCGGUGAUGUCAGGAGAAGUACAUCAACCACUGAAGACUCUAAAAGACAGUGUAGAAGAUAUGUAUCUCGAACAACUGAAGUAUUUGAAAAAGGCAUUGUCUACUUUUCACAAGAGAUAUCUGCCGGACACUGAUUCAGACUCCGUGGUGCGUAGUCAGCCAGAUUCGAGAAUGCUCAAGAGCAAGACACUUUCAAGAGAUAUGGAAUACCCACAAAGACUUUAUUUGGAGAUGAAUGCACAUGUAGGACCUGAUAAUGGACGUACCAAAGUGUUGACGAUCGAGAUGAUUGGAAAGAAAUCACUGGCGCAGAUAUUUUGGGAAAAAGAUCAGUCGUCACCUCUAGUUAGAGACGAAGUCGUAAAGAAGUACCUCAGUGCAAAAGAAAGUGGCACCGAAGAAAUCACGAAGCCAUACAAAAUAUUGGACGAAGAGCUUAACACUUUCCGCCACUUCCACUUUAGCAUUGACUACAAUAAGGAUGAAUUCCCCGAUUACCUACAACUGUACUUCUGGCGCUACCGAGAAUUCUUGAAAUACAAGAUGUUCCAUCACAUGAGGCAAUAUUUCCCGGAAAAGACAUACAAACCUAAUUAUAUGGAGCUUAUUUUGGAUAUCGAAAGGAACAACUAUCAGAUGAACAUGGAUAUGUUGACUCGUGGUGAAAUUGACAGAUUUCGGGGAAUCCUGAUGCCUUUCUCUUGGAAAUCAUUACUUUCAUCUCUGCAACCAAAACCUCUCCAAAAUAGCAUUGUUCCGUCACCACUGCACAUCAACACCAAACUAUCGGGUGUAUGUGAGAUUAAAAGGAAUAUGUUGACGACUUUGGAUGCGAUUGAAUACAGUAUCCCUGACUCUAAAGGAUGCGAUGUCGUUCUGGCUAUGGAUUGUUCCUCUUCAACCGAAUUCGCUGUCAAAGCAAGGAAUAUUAAUUCAGAUCCUGCGAAGAAGGCGGUGGUAGUAAUGGUUGAAAAUAGGAAGAUUGAAGUGAUCCCAAGAAACAAUGUUUUGGUGAUGAAAAUUGAUGAUGUCGAACAGACCCUUUCAGACGAUAGUCCAUAUGUGAUUGAAAAAGAGGACAGAGAAGGAAGACACCAACCGACUCUUAUUGAAAUAUUGAAGAGAGGACCCCGGAUAUAUGUGAAUGUACCUAUUCAAGGAGCCCAGAUUGUCACCGAUGGAGAUCAUGUAUCAAUAAAAGUAUCGUCAUUCUAUUACUCUAAAGUAUGUGGUCUUUGUGGCGACUACAAUGGUAACCCAGGCAAUGAUAACAAGGACCCCCAGAAACAGUCUCAAGCAAACUCUGCAUGUCUGUUAGCUAGUUACGUUAUCUCAAAUGGCCAGUGUGAGGCUGCGGACGUCAAACGCGAAUGCAAUCAAGCCAUUCCUAGCCUGUUUUCAAAACCAGCAUCAUGCCGUUUGGAAAAGAGGACAGAAGUCAGAACAAAUUUGGACAAGAUAUGCUUCUCAAAACGGCCAGUGGAUAAAUGUGUUUCUGGUUGUCGACCACAGAACCAAAAGCCAAUACGUAUGCAAAUGAUCUGUAAGAACAGGCAAGAUCCAAGGGCGGAGGAGCUCAGACAAACGAGUCACCAACGGGUGCUCACAGAGUUACGCGACCAAUCACAUACUGACAUAAUGCGACUACUGCAGGACGAGAGUUGCCUGUAA